AUGCUAGAGGGAUCAAGUACGAAUAACUGGGAUGAUAUUACGAAGGUUUUACUUUCAGGUAAGAUAUAUAAUGAAUUCAAUAAGGACGAAGACUCAAGUGAAUAUAAUGAUGUUUGUAAAUUAACCGCAAAGUACCAUACAGAAAAUACUGAACUGGAGACAAUUUGUAAAAAAUUUAUUAGGAGUUUAAAAGACAUACUUUCCAAUAAGUAUAAAGAAAAAUCUAUGGAUUACUGCAUGUUACUGAAAUAUUGGUUAAAUGAUGAACUAAAAAAAAAGUAUAUAACCAGUAAGCCGAAUAGAUUUGGUGAAGUUAUCCUAACCCAAAAAUUAAAUAAUUUGCAAUACAGUGUUUUGGGUGAAACAAAGGAUACAUUUGAAUGCUACGAUAAUUAUUAUUAUUCUAAUAAUUUUGGAGAUGAGAAGGUUUUAACUGAAUAUUUUGUAAAUUUUGAUGAAAUUAAUAGCAAUAUUAAGUCUAAGAAAGAUGAAAAUAAGUAUAUGGUGUAUUUAAAAUAUAUUGAUGAACUAUAUACAAAAAAAAUAUCAAAUGAAAAUUGUUGUAGCACUAAAUAUCCACACCUUUGUGACCAUUAUUUUAGAUGUGAUUCAAUGUACGAUCCCCGAAAUCUUUUAUUUAAAUUAAAUGUAGAUAAAGAAAGACGUGAUAUAAAAUCACAAGCAAAAAGUGUAAGAGCAUCCCAAACACCAAAAAGUGUAAAAGGUUCAGCUCCACAAACAGAAUUAAAUGAAGCUAAUGUUCAGAUUCCCCUUCCUAAUGUCCCAUAUGGAUGGCACAAACGUAGAAACAAAUAUAGAACGAGAAUUAUCAACACCAAGUGCCUUGUGAAUUAUGCAUCUAGGAAUGAAGGUUAUGCGUUGGUAUCUUGUUAUAGCCCUGAAAGAGGACACAGAAAUCUUGAAAAUAUAAUGGGACGUACAAUUGAAGAGGACGAUUUUUAUGAUAAGCUAUCCGGAAAAAAUGGAAGAAAUAAACAAGCUGGUCAUGCUGGUUCAUGGACCCCUACAGUACGAAUAUCUCAUGAUGGUUCAGUUCAAUCUGGAGAUGAAAUUACAGAAGAAUCUAAAACCUCUGUAGGAAUACCUGCAGAAUUAAAAGGUUCCCAAGCAUUAGGUGAAAUGGUAAGGAGAAUAGCAGGUGAAACAUUUGGAAAAUACAGCUCAAGUAAUAAGGUGGCUCAUGAGUUUUCAAACUCAGGGAGAAAUGAUAAUUUUAAUAAAGGUUUUGAAAUGAUGCACUGCGCCCACAUUCUAAAAAAAGAUGAUGGUUCUCUAAUUUGUGAAGAACCAAAAGAAUUUAUAUAUGAAAGCGCUGAAAACCAGGAAGGAAAGAAUUCUCUCUUUUCUAGUAAAUUUACCCCAUUCGGAACAUGGAUUAAUAAGAAGAUGAACAGAACGAAAAAAACUAAGCAGAAAAUGAAUAUGGGAUUUGAGCAAAGUCCUCAAAGGGGAAAUAAGCCCCAAGUGGAAAGUAGUCCCCCUAGGGGAAAUAGACCUCUUACAUCUAGCAGUCCUCCAAAGGGAAAUAGACCUAAUACAUCUAGAAGCCCUUCAAAAGGAAAUAAGCCUCUUACAUCUAGAAGUCCUCCAAGGGGAAAUAGGCCUAUGACAUCUAGAAGUCCUUCUAGGCCUACAAAUAGGAAUCCCCCUAAUAAGAAAGCGCGUAUAUCCUAUCAUGCAUCAUAA